AUGGUUGCCAUGAGAGAAAUCGUGACGAUUCAAGUUGGAGAAUUCGCAAACUUCGUUGGCUCUCACUUCUGGAAUUUCCAGGAUGAAUUGCUCGGAUUGGCGAGUGACCCAGAAAGCGAUCCAAUCUUUCGAAACCAGAAUCUCGACAUGGACGUUCUCUACCGCUCCGGCGAGACCCAGCAGGGGGUUGCUACAUACACUCCUCGUCUGGUCUCAGUCAACUUCAAAGGGUCACUAGGCACCAUGAGCUCGCGUGGUACCCUCUACAACGAAGGGGAAAUGUUUGGAGAUGUUGACACUCAGAGAUCUGAGCCCCGAAAGAAGAACUUGUUUCUGCAAAGUCUGUAUGAGGAAGAAGUUAAAGUUGGGAAAGAAAAGGCGAAAGAGAUUGAGGACAAAGAUAUCGUUGGAUGCUUAGAUGAAGGAGUUGAAUGUUGGACUGACUUCUCCAAAUCCCAUUAUCAUCCUCAAAGCCUAUACGAGCUUAGCGGAUUGUGGAUGGACUCUCAGGAUUUCAACAACUACGGGAUUGGUAAGGACGUUUUCUCUGAGUCUUCACGAGGAGAGGAGAUAUGCGACAGGCUCCGUUUUUUCGUGGAAGAGUGUGAUCACAUUCAGGGUAUUAAGUUCCUUGUGGAUGAUUCGGGAGGAUUCUCCGCUCUAGCAGCUGAUUUCUUGGAGACCAUCGCUGAUGAGUACGCGAACGUUCCUGUAUUGCUGUAUGCAGUGAGGAGUCCAGUGUCGCAGAUGAACCCUAGAAUCUCUAAAAUGACGGUUUCAAACAAGCUUCACGAUGCCAUAUCGUUCUCUCGACUCUCAUCCUUUUGUAAACUCUUCACUCCAAUCGGUUUACCAUUCUUGAGCGGAAGUAAAGCAUCGAAGUUUCUGAAUUUCGGAGAUGAGAAGCCUUACCGAAGCAGCGCGGUGUACGCGGCUGCUCUACAUUCAAGCACGAUGCCUUUCCGAAUGCAACCAACAAGCGCGGAUUCAAGUGAAGUGUCUAAUUCCAUGGAUGUUACUACACUUGUGCAGCUGUUAACGGGUCGUGGAAGACAAAACAUGGUGACGAUUCUGGAUUCCGCAAUGCCGGUUCCUACAUUAGCAGGGAAGCAACUAGAGAAUACCCUUUUAACGGAUUUGCAGGCGCUAACACCGGAAGUAACCGAAGAUGUAGAAGACAAUCUAGCGGUUGAGUCAAUGUGUAUACUUGGAGCGCUUAAAUCAGAAGAUAAAGAAGCAUCGGUAUCAGAAGUGAAGAACGCGGUCGAUGCAUCUUACGAGCAAAGGAACAAAACCAAGCCGUUGUUUUGCAAUCUAUCGGUCUCGCGUUGUCCUCUUCCCGUGCCUUUACCAUUUCCUUCUAUAUUUGGAAACCUUGUUGGGAGGAAAGGUGGGAUCUUGAGCAGUCCGGCCUCUGAUUCUCUGUACAGAGGCUCGCUUGAUGUUCACUCCAUACCGGUAGCAACAAGAUGGAGGUCGUCGAGCGCGAUUUUGCCGUUCUUGGAAAGUAGAAUGGGGAAUUUAGAGAAGCUUGGGAUCCAAUGGGGAGCCAUGGGAUCAGAUGUGGUGAGGGAAUGGGGAUUUGGGAGAGAAGAGUUGCAGGAAAUGAGGGAGAGCAUGUCGAAAAUGGUAUCUGAGCUGAGUCCUUACCAGUUUUUGGAAUCUUCGGACUCAGAAUAG